AAACGGUAUCGUUAGAAACGGUCGGAACGACUGCAACUCCUUCCCAUUUCAUGGGUCUCUGAUGCAGCAGCUGCCUGAAUGCAACCAGAGACACGGAAGAGAAGCGCAACAACAAACUAGGUGGGCACAUGGAGAUCCGAGAUCCGAAACCCAAUAGCAUUCUGGGUUCGAAUUCCAGUCCCAAUCUGAAUCCUCCUCCUUACCAUGCUCACAUUGCUAACACAAAUCUAAAUGCCGGUACUUCGAUAUCUCCAUCACCACCAACAAUAACGGCGGCAGCGUCGCCACAGUCCAUCUUCUCCGGGAGUGGGCCUCUCCACAGGAGGGCCCAUUCGGAGGUUAGUUUCCGAAUUCCUGAGGACAUGAGCAUCAUAGUGAUGAAUCUAUCGCCAUCAGGUCCUGCAAACGGCGGCGGAGGAGGAGGCUCGUCCACGGCAAGCCUCGAGGAGAUCGGAUCGGAGGACGACCUUUUUUUCACCUACAUUGACGUUGAAAAGGUAAACGGAGACAAUGGAAGUACAGGAGGAAGUGGAACGGGAGGGAAUUUUAGUUCGGGAAACUGUACGGAUCAGACUGUGGGUGGUGGAGAGGGAGAGAAAAAGCCCCAGUCGACUUCUCGGUCAAGGCAUAGACACGGCAACUCGGUGGACGGUAGUGCUUAUGACGAGAUAAUGGAGGCCAAGAAGGCUAUGCCUCCGGAUAAGCUCGCGGAGCUAUGGAGUAUUGAUCCUAAGCGUGCUAAAAGAAUACUUGCAAAUCGUCAGUCAGCUGCUCGUUCAAAAGAGAGAAAAGCGCGAUAUAUACUAGAACUCGAGCGAAAAGUUCAGACCCUUCAAACAGAAGCCACCACGCUUUCUGCCCAACUUACUUUAUUCCAGAGGGACACAAUGGGACUAAGUAGUGAAAAUACAGAGCUUAAGCUUCGGUUGCAAGCUAUGGAGCAACAGGCUAAGUUGCGUGAUGCUCUUAAUGAAGCACUAAAGAAGGAAGUUGAGAGACUCAAGAUUGUGACUGGGGAAAUAACUAGUCCCGCUGAGUCGUUUGACUUGGGAAUGCAUCAGAUAUCCUAUGCUCCAUCAUUCCUUCCAAUUUCACAACAGCCUGGACCUUCUGAUCACCAGAACAUGCCAAUGGCACCAUUUAACCAUUCCCAAUGUAGGAUAUCGCCUCAUCAUGUAAAUCAAACCAAUUCUCAUCCUUUCUCAGAAAUCUCACAAAACGAUCCUCUUGGCCGAUUACAGGGGCUUGAUAUUAGUAGUAAGGAACCAAAUACUGUUAAAUGUGAGGGCCCCUCAGUUUCUGCAAGCGAAAGUAGCACUACCCUUUGAAGUGAAUUGUCUGCUGACUUGCUCACUCAAUCAUGGCACCCUUGUUUAUAGCUAGGCAUCCUGUCAUUUAGAGAAAGUACUCAUAUAAUACUCUCUAUUAUUUAUUACAUUGGUGUUAUGCGAUCUACUUUUAAUUUUUUAUUCUUGGAGUUUUCCCAGGAAAAGGGAAAGCACUUUUAGGUUUUUGAUGUAUCAGAGGUGCUACAACUUAUGGGAAUGACCAUUCCAUGGAUCUUCAGAUCUCAUGAUGAUGCCGCCUUUUAGAAUUCAUCUGUAUCCUUUUACAUGUAAGACUGCAUAGACAUUUGUGCUCGAUUUUUCUGCUUACACUUUCCUGGAGUGGUUGAAGCAUCGUUUUCUCUCA